UCUGGCUCGUGUCGCUCGCGCACUCGCUGCUCUCGCGCCACUCGAGCAUCAAGUGCGGUUGGCUUCUGCGCGCCCUGCAUUGGCAGCCGUGGUUCCCUGCACCCUUCGGCGGCCUCUGCCGUGGCUGUGCUGGCGCCUCCUUCCGCUCUCGAAACGCUCUUCUGUGCCCAACUGCUCUAAACCACGAACCUGCGGUCGGUAUGGCGUUCUGGGAGGGAUUUUGAGGCUAGUAUGUUUUCCGCAGGGAACGAACACUGGCGUGGAAGCUCCUUCGAGAUCUGAUUUCUAGAGUGAGCGUUUCCCGUCAUAGGAACAAAAUGGGUGAAGAAACGCCUUCUGCAGAUCCGUCCAGCUGUGCGACUUUCAGGAACCGCAACAUGCUGUGCGGUGUCGUUGAAGGAUUUUAUGGGCGGCCGUGGACCCUUGAACAACGCAAAGAUUUGUUUGAGAGAAUGAAGAAGUUUGGCCUGAACACCUACAUGUACGCACCGAAAGACGACUCCAAGCACAGAGCUUACUGGAGGGAGCUUUACACAGUAGAAGAAGCUGAGCAUCUGACAAACCUUAUCCAGGCAGCUAAGGAAAACUCGGUCACCUUCUACUAUGCCCUAUCACCUGGUCUAGACAUCACGUAUUCUAGUACAAAAGAAAUCUCCUGCCUCAAGAGGAAGCUAGAGCAGGUGGCUCAAUUCGGAUGUGGUGCAUUUGCUCUCCUUUUUGAUGACAUUGAGCCAGAGAUCAGCGAGACAGACAAAGAGGUUUUCCAGUCAUUUGCACACGCCCAAGUGUCUAUCACCAAUGAAGUCUACCAGGAGUUGAAUUUUCCAAGGUUUAUAUUCUGUCCAACUGAAUAUUGUGCUGCCAGGGCUGUUCCAAAUGUUCAGAAUUCGGAGUACCUGAAUACCAUUGGCCUGAAGCUGAUGCCGGGAAUAGACAUCAUGUGGACAGGGAACAAAGUUGUUUCAAAAAUAAUAACAGUCCAGUCAAUUCAGGAGCUCACUGAAGUGCUUCGUCGGCCCCCAGUGAUAUGGGACAACCUACAUGCUAAUGACUAUGACCAGAAGCGUUUGUUCUUGGGACCAUACAGUGGCCGGUCGACCGACUUGGUACCUUAUUUACGUGGAGUCUUGUCGAACCCCAAUUGCGAAUACGAGGCCAACUUUGUACCACUUCAUACAUUGGCCCAGUGGAGCAUAUGCAGCAGUGACGGCAAAACAGACCUCAAUGAGUCUGUGAGUGCCGAUAUCAGGCUUGAAACUGAGGGUGAAUCAGAAGAAUUGACCUCCCACUUGGAACCAGAUGCAUACCAUCCACGUAAAGCGCUGCGAGCAGCCCUUGUUGACUGGUUGCCAGAGUUUUACCGGAUCAAGAUUGCGCAUGGACGACUUCUGUCUGGUGCCUUUCUGGCUGGUGGAGGCGCACCAACACCACCAAGUGGUAAUGCCAGUACUGGUGCCAACGUUGCAAGUAGCAGCCAUAUUGAUGAGGCGCCUUCAUUCCAGCCACUGUCAACUGAAAUAGUGAAUUCACUGGCGCAGCCGUCAUCGACUUCACUGGAGCCUAUGGACUGCCUCUCGUCUAGUGAAGCCAUGCAAACAGAAGAACCACUAGAUGACACACGGCUAUUGACGGUGGAAGACCUUGCCAUUCUAGUAGACCUGUUCUAUUUGCCUUUUGAGCAUGGAACUCAAGGAGUUGCUUUCCUGAAUGAAUUCCACUGGCUUCGUAUGAAUGGCCAUAUUGUGUGGGAAUGCUGCAAACGAGGAAAUGUAGAUUCUAAAGCGAGGCUGGAUGAACUUGAGGAGUGGCGCAAGCGAGCGUUUAAGUUUGACCAAAUGACACAAGCUGUCGGACGGCUGCUCGGACGGCUCAUGUACGUGCCUAACCGGGCUGUACUUUUUGACCUGUACCCAUAUGUCUGGGACAUCGGGGCUGCCAUCUCAUUGCUCAACGCCUAUAUCAAAUGGAUAGCUCUCGGAGGCGUGCCGUGCUCUUCUCCAUUGGGCUUUGCCUCGCCUUCAUUCUCAUGGUUCUCAAAGGGCUAUAAGGAAGCAUUUAUGAGUGGCGAUCAAGAACCUUGGCUCUUUCGGGGUGGCUUGAUAGCCGAGCUACAGCGACUGCUCCCAUUGGAGAGCGGGAGUGAUCUGUUCCUCUACAAGCCCCCAGAGUUGCCCAGCAGCAAAAUCUACACCAUUCGCCCAUACCUCCCUAGUGAUGAACCACUAGUGUAUGAGGUAUGUCGAAAGACCUGCGAUGAUGGUAUGGAUGGAACGAAGGUAUUUUCUGAGUUACCUAACCUGAUUGGUGACAAACUGGUUGGUGGUUUUCUAAACCUGAGCAACGAGUACUGUUUUGUCGUGGAGGACGAGACUGGGGUGUGUGGCUAUGCAUUGGCUGCACUAGACGCACAGCAAUUCAGCAAGAAGCUGGAGGUGGCUUGGAUACCCGCACUGUGUAUCAAGUACCCUGCACCCAAUAAGGAAUCCUCGCAGCUGCUCACCCCUUCAGAGCAAAUAAUGAACAGCUUCCACGCAAAGGCUGUCAAAGUCCCAGAUGUUGUAUACAAGCACCACCCAUCAUGCGUGACCAUGAGUAUGCUGCCCUCAAUCGUGGAUUCUAGCGUGUCCAAGCGGUUGCUGGCUUGUGUUCUAGCUGCCCUGAAGUCAAAUGAUUUGUCAGUGGUACUACAUGGCCAAUGAAGUUGGUACAUACCCUGAAGACAGCAGAUGAAGGAUCACAUGGUGUAUUUUCCCAAGUGCUGAUGGGAGACAAGAAUGUCGUCGAAUUCUACUCGAAGCUGGGCUUCCUCGAGAUAAAUUUACCAGACUUCCUGCACGAUGACACUUCCUUCCUUGGCCGUACCUUCUAGCCCGAAAGAUGUUCCUACAGUGACACAUACUGUAUAGACAUCGCAACUGGGGCAAGGGCUGUUCCAAGGAGACUCAUCCCAUUCGGGCUUUUAGAUAUACACCAUGUAAAUAAAAUUUUUAAUUUCUUUCUUUA